AUGGAACCAGAAUUUUUAUGCUUUACAAAAGAAUCUCUCACGAGAUCAGAUGUACAACGUAACUUAGAGAUACCUAACGGUGCGUCUUUUCUACCACCCGGGAAUGAAGUCAUGAUUGUACGUGACCAAGCCGGAACCAAGUAUGAGUUUAUAGCAUCAGAGAGGAGGGGUGGGCGGCGGGCUCUGACGUGGGACUGGCAUGACUUUGCCGUGGCAAAGAAUCUUCAGGUUGGCGACUCCCUAAGAAUGUAUUGGUCCGGGAAUGAGAAUGAAUAUGUGGUGCAGUUGGGCACCAAACUCUUUGGAGAUCACAUAGUUUGGCUACAAGAAUAA